AUGCUGGAGAAUAAUCGAGUGAAGGGAAGCAAGUUGCUACAGUUGGCACCAUUUAUCGAUAAGGAAGGACUGUUGCGUGUCGGAGGACGCCUAAAGAAUGCCCACCAUACAUCGAAGAUCUUGAUUACUGCACUACUGGACAAGGAACAUUUGCACGUUGGUCAACAGGGUCUGCUAGCGAUUGUGCGUCAACGCUACUGGCCUAUAAGAGGAAAAAAUGUGGUCCGUCAGACCGUCAAGAAAUGUCUCCGUUGUUUCCGCUUGAAGCCACCUGAAGUCAUUCAGUACAUGGGUAACCUUCCGGAUUGUCGAGUAGUUCCUUCUCCUGCGUUCUUGAAAACGGGCUUAGACUAUGCUGGACCGUUUUACAUUCGGCAAGGAAUUCGGAAGGCAACUAAGCUGAAAUCCUACAUUUGCGUGCUCAUUUGUAUGAGUACAAAGGCCGUACAUUUAGAACUCGUUUCUGAUUUGACCAUUGAGGCGUUCCUGGCGGCCCUUCAAAGGUUCAUCGGUCGCAGAGGAAUUCCGAGUCAACUGUUUUCCGAUAACGCCACAAACUUUCGCGGUGCACAUUCGGAACUAAAGGAACUCUACGAUUUGUUCCAGUCUCAGCGCACAACGAAUAUGAUCAACGAACUGUGCACGGUAAAGGAAAUUGACUGGUCGUUCAUACCACCUCGUUCACCGAACUUCGGUGGUAUAUGGGAAGCUGGUGUCAAGGCUGCCAAAUCACAUAUGAGAAAGGUACUUGGCGAAGCAUCACUGAACUACGAAGAGAUGAAUACAGCACUGGUGCAGAUCGAAGGAGUACUAAAUUCAAGACCGCUAACACAGCUCUCCGAAGAUCCAAACGAUAUCUCGGCGUUGACUCCAGCCCAUUUCUUAGUGGGUCAAGAGCUGACUGCAGUACCAGAACCAAGCUACAGCGGAGUGAAGACGUCUUCCUUAUCCCGAUGGCAACAUCUGCAGAAACAGAAAGAGGACUUUUGGAACAGAUGGUCAAAUGAGUACCUGAACCAACUUCAACCUCGUGGAAAGUGGUACAAGAAUAAGGUGUUGAUCAAGAAGGGUAUGCUGGUAGUGAUCAGAGAGGACAACAUGGCUCCACUUCAAUGGCGGCUUGGUCGCAUCAUACAAACACAUCCCGGCGCGGAUGGACUGAUCCGCGUAGUAACAAUCCGGACUUCUAACGGUGAGGUCAAACGAUUUGUAAGCAAGAUUGUGAUUUUGCCUGUGGAGGACAACGUUUCAGUGGAUUCAUCGAUUGACACAACGUGUCAACGGGGGGAGGAUGUUAAGGAUAAUACCCAUUGA